AUGAUUAUCAUCGCAGCCCGCAUUAACGUCCAUUGGAGUGAAGGCGGCUACAUGCUCUUUGCGUCUCUUUUCGCCUGGGUGUUUGCCCUACUGCUUUUCCUCCUUCAUAUCUUUGAAGUCGGCGAGGGCAGCACCUUCGAAAUCUUUGUAAGCACCACAGAGUUUUACCUUUUGCAAAGUUCUAUAAGUUUAAACAACAGCUAACUAUAUUUAGGCCAUCGUGAUUGUGCGCUAAAUGACACUCUAGUAGUGAACACUUACACACUACUGUGACGAACAGUCAUCAGCAGUAGACAGUGUUAGACGGAUUGAAGGUGAACACAGCUCUUGGAGCAGCCUUUUGGCAUAAAAAGGGGCGAAAUGAAGAGAAAUUUGAAAAAAAAUAUGUGAAAAAAGAUCCAGUCAGUUUUAGGAGUUGUUGCUCUUAUAGUUAGUCAGCAACUAAAUGUAAAUAGUAUGAACCAGACAGUCUAGGCUGAAACAGCCAUAGCGAUCGUGUUCCAGGGAGCACAUAGACUUUGGUUUGAUAAUCUCUUGUGAUAUGGCGGUAAUGGAUGCAGAACAUAUACUAGAGAUUUAGUUCCACUGACGAAAUUGACGAGCUAUGAAGACUAAAAUGGAUUCCUUCUUAAAAUCAAUUAGCCCUAGAACGUAAAGAAAUUAAAACUCUUGUACGUUUGUCCAAUUUGUUGCUCUAGGCAGCUUCCUAGAGCUGAUUAGUGAACUUGUGUACAUGUCGUUCAUCUGGAUAUAAAAAAAUUAAACUUAUCUAAAUUUAUGAAAGGGUACCAGUAAAUCAAGAGCUGGUUCACUGUCUAAUCAGAUGUUCCUUCAGCUGGAGUGCUUAGACAGGUGCCCUGGAAAGGUCCUUGACAAGGCUGUACCUUGGUCCGAGCUGUCUACAGUUCAUUCCCCAUCUACACUUUAUGCAUAUUUUACAGGUGCUCAUGAUUCAGAGUACUAACUUAGAAUUUUUGACAUAGCUGAUUAUGUGACUUAAAUUUUCCAAAGGAUUAUUCUGCAACUAUUCUUGCAGGAGGCGGUUAUUCUAGCACUGACGGUCAUCUUCGUCUUCUGUGCCUUCAUAAUCGCUGCAGUAUUUGCAGGCCGGACACACAAUGGCUUUUUAACGGCUAUUACGGUAAGUGAACACAAUUCACUGACUUACUGACUUAAGAAAUUAUUCGUUUUACAGAACCCGGAUGAACAAAAACGUUCAACUAAGUAUAACAAUAAAACAGUUCAGCAGUUCAGAGCAAAAAUAUUAUCAAGUGGGAAGCAGUAAAACGUGUGUUUUUUAGACGUCAAAGUAUACGAAAUGUUUCUCACUUUAAAAGCUAAUUUUAGCAUAAAGAUGAUUUCUCAUAAGGUCCGUUAAGCCCACAGCGCACACAUACGCGUAUAAUGAAUAUAGAAUCUACAAUUGCUACGGUAUGCCUUUUUACUCUGUCACAAAUCGCCGCCUAAGUUUUCCAAAGCGGGAAAACUUGAUUUGGUUUAAAAGCACCACAGUACUAAUCAUUGCCGAUACGGUGGUGAUGUAUGCUUUGUUAAACAGGCAUUAGUGACUGUUUGCAUGAAUUUUGGACCGACGGUCAACAUGGCCAGGCUCAGUUUUCAAAGUCACAAUUAGAAUAGUAAACAGUUAAUUCGCUAUUUAAAAUUGCCAAUGACUUUUUUUGACGUAUUUUAGGUCUUGUUCGCGGUUACCCUUAUCAGCUCCGUAACCGACUUCGCCUUUCAGUUGAAGAAAAUGCUUUGA